AACUUUGGUAUUCUGUGGAAGCAGAUAGACCGGCUCUUUGCACUCCGAAGCAUGCCAGAAAGUAGACAACCCCGAGGCAAGGGCGGCGUCCUCGGUGACCCCACGUGGCCAAGAUGGCGUCUGGUGGCCCUCGUCGCGGCCGUCCUGGCGCUCCUGCUGGCGGUGGCGCUGGCGACGUCCCUCGGCGUGCUGCUCGCACCCACAGCCCCAACGGAGUGCGGCGCCCCCCCUCUGCACCCCCUGGCCAGCACCACCUACAGGGGAACGGCGCCCCCUGGCACGAGAGUCACCUACGUCUGCCCCUUCUCCCUGGUCUUCCCGGACAACCAAAGGAACUUCACGAUCACCUGUUCCGAUGACCUGAGUUGGGGCGAGGACGACCUGCCCGCGUGUGUCCGCAGCGGGGAGCGCCACUGCGCCCUGGGCGACGGCCUCUCGCUCGUGACCCGGGACAGCGGCAGCGCCCUCGAGGUCGACCUCCUCCUCCGCGCACCGGUUCCGUCCUCGAUCCUCGCAGACGUGUCCUCGGAGGAUGAACAGGGCCUGUGCUCCUACGCCAACCUGACUGCGGCCGCUGGGGAUCCCGAGAGGAGUCGCCGCGUGGCCCUGGCGAGGACUUCAGGCCCACGAUCGUUGAUGCUGAAGGCGGAGCGGCACCUGCGAGAUGAGGCCGUCUAUACAGUGAAGGUCACGGACGCCAACAUAGACCCUGGCGCGCCUUACGAGAUACGCCUGAGAGGAAUCGGAGAGACAGUGGCCGUGUCUCUCCUGCAGGACGCCUACAUCAAUUCAACGAUCAGGUCUCUGGAGAUCGAAUCCGCCACUCCAACAACUACCACGCCCGCGAAAACAACAGCAGCUGCUUCUGCGACAUCGACUCCCACAGCCACUCCAACUCCUUUGUCAUCACUCCCCACUUCUGCGCCGUCUGAAUCCUUGCCGACGACCACCAUCCUCGCUUUCGCAUCCAGCUCACCUCAUACUACGAUCGCCAAGCCGUCAGUCACGACAUAUGCGUCAACAACAUUAUGAUGGGCCCAGUGGCGUGCAGAGAGGGGGGG